GGGGAUUGUUUUCUUCUACUUCCAUAACUGAAGGACCUCACUCAGCACCUCUUCGCCAAAAAAAAGCAAUAAUUAAGGAAAUGUGAAGGUAUUUACAUUUAAAUUUAAUUACGUGUUGUUGUUUCUGGUUAGAUGGCAGGAAGUUAACGCUCUAUUAACUUCCUGUUAAAACUCUCCCAACCCUAAAUCAAGUGUGCGGCAGAGGAAGACACAGAGCAGCAGCAGAAGAAAGAAAAGAAAAGAAAAAAAAACAUGUAGAGACAGGUAGUCGACUAACUACUAUUGCUCGGUUCAGGUGGGAUUAUUGCUCCUCAACAUGCACAGUCAGAGGACCUUGAACUCUUCCUGACUGACAAAGUCAACCAGAGGAGCGCCCCUUCAUCUGCGCUGCUGCGAAGAUGUUGAAGGCGUCGGGUCAAGCCCAGAAGCACCCGAGUGAGGAGGACAGCUCUGGGUCAGAUGCCGGAUCAGAAGUCAGCCUGGAGCCAGAGACGGACCGCUUCGGCUUCAUCCUCACCAAUGGAUCCACAACCGGGUGUGUGGGGCCAUCUCCUGAGCUGGUCAGGCAGCGGGAGGCCAAAUGGAUCAACAUCAUUGGCCAGUGGCACCGCAUCUUGUUAAAGAAGAGCAGCAAGGUCAAGCUGCAGUGCCAGAAGGGAAUCCCUGCCUCGCUCCGAGCGAGAUGCUGGCCUCUGCUGUGCGGGGCGACGGACCGAAUGAGACAAAAUAGAAACCUCUAUGAGACUCUAGACUCACAGCCAGGUCUGCAGAGCUGGGUGGAUAUCAUCGAGAGGGAUCUGGAUCGACAGUUCCCCUUCCACGAGAUGUUCCUCUCCAAAGACGGACACGGGCAGCGGGGCUUGUUCCGGGUGCUGAAAGCGUACACCCAGUUUCAGCCAGAGGAGGGUUACUGCCAGGCCCAGGGACCGGUGGCUGCGGUGCUUCUGAUGAACAUGCCGGCUGAGGAGGCCUUCUGGUGUUUGGUUCAGAUCAGUGAGCAGUACCUGCCUGGAUACUACAGCCCUCUGCUGGAGGGAGUCCUGUUUGACGCGGCCAUCCUCUCCUGGGUCUUGAAGAAGACGUGCCCGGCUGCACACAAACAUCUCCAGGUGCACGGGGUGGAGCCGCUCAUGUUCGCCACCGACUGGCUGAUGUGCCUGUUCACGCGCCACCUGCCAUUUAACACGCUUCUCCGAGUCUGGGACCUCUUCUUCUGCUAUGGUGUGCGGGUGCUGCUCCAGGUGGCGGUGGUGCUGGUGCGUCGCGUCCUGGGCCGGGCCGACCAGAGGAAGCAGUGCCCCGGCCAGAUGGAGACUCUGGAAAGGCUGAGGGGUGUCAGGGAGCACGUUCAGGAGGAGGAGGAAUCGUUCAUAGCAGAGGUUUGUGCGGUGCCUCUGUCGGGUAAAGACCUGGAGAGGCGGACGGAGAAGGAGCUGGAAAGGUGGAGGAAAGACAAACCCUCGUCUACGUUCGACCCCCGGGGUCGCUGCUACGGGUACCGGAUGGCGUGGGCGAGGGCUCGACAGCAGGAGGAGGAGCGCGAGAGGAAGGAGAGAGAGACGGGGAACCUGUCUGUCCCCCUCGCCCGGUCCGCCUCGACUCUCUCGCUGUCGCCCUCCCUCCUGCACAAGAGGUUCAGGAAAGGAGGGAAGGUCACCGGCGGCGAGUGGGAGAGCGGCAACAAAGUAGUGAGGCACCUCUCAAUGGGGGGGAAGGAGGACUGGAAAAGCUGGGGGGACUUAGAUUUUAAGAGGGUUCAAGGUGUCCAGGAGGAGGACGCGGUGUUUGACGGACAGAAAGCAGAAACCGGGACGAAACCAGCGGGAGAAAUCAAACGAUCAACGACAGAGCAGAGAGAAAAAGCAGAAAGAGCGGAAGAACAGAGGGAGCCUUCGGAGGCGGCGAUAUCUGAGGAGGAGGAGGAGAGCAAAGAGAUGGGGGAAAGCGCAAUCGUUUUAGAAAAGACAGAAGAGUUUAGAUCUGUGGAAAACAAUUCCCGGCCUGCAGAGGAAUCAUCUCGGCGCGAGGAGAAAGAAAACCAGGAUGAUCCAAACCAAGCACAGGUUCUGGAGGAGCAGAAUUACAACAGCAACGAGGAACAGAGCGGCGAUACGGAGACUGAGACGCAAAAUGAUGUGCAACGUGCGAGCCAAUCACAUGAUGAGGAAGAGCAAAGUAAAAGCAACGAGGAAGAGAGCAGGGAUGCGGAGACUGAGGGGCAAAAUGAUUUGGGACGUGCGAGCCAAUCACACGAUGAGGAAGAGCAAAGUAAAAGCAACGAGGAAGAGAGCGGGGAUGCAGGAAUAAAUAAGGAGGCAGAGAACCUAGAAAAGCCGCCAGAAACGUCUCAACCGCACGUCCAGGAAGAGCAAAGCGACGAGCAGGAGAGCGAGACAACAGAUGUGCGCGAGGCGGCAGAGAAUGAGGAAAAUCCCACAGAACACGCCGACCCAGAGGCUCAGCUUCAGGUUCACACGGAGUCACGGGUGGAGCCGGCGACGCGGGCUGCUGUGAAACCAGACGCAAGUGCAGAAACCGAGAAUUCCCAAGAGCUGCAGCUGGAUGUGGUCGCCGAAGGCUCAGAGACGAGAAGUGAGACAGACCCGGACCCAGAAUCGCACGGGGACCCGGAUCCUAAAACCGACACGCAGCAGGAGGAGGAAGAAGAAGAAGAAGAAGAGAUCACAGAGACCCGGGACAGAUGCCACAGCGCUGAAUCAGUCAAAGAAAGAGAAAAAGCAGAGCCCCACGCCCAGACAGAGACAGAAAGCCACGUCCUGGCAGAAAAUGCAGCCGUGCAGGACGAGCUACAUAUCCACACAACGCAAACGGAGCCAGAAGAACCGACGGAGGGAGAACCACAGAUACCAGCUGCACCUGAAAGCCCCCACGAAGAGGAGGAGACUGAAACAAGGACCACGGUUAGAGAGGAGGCCGAAGAAGUGACAGAGGGCCCAGCACAGGGAGAAGAGCAGACAGCUGUGUCCGUACACGCAGAGGCACGGGGCGAGGAAUGUGCUUCUGAUCCAGAAAGUUCAGAGGAAUCACUAAAUCACAAUCAGAAAUGCCAGGCGGCGGCUGAGGGCGCCUCACCUGCAGAUAAGGGAGAGAUUUCAACACAGGGUGAGUCACAGAGCCCAGAAGACAAGUCUGAUCAGAUCCAAAGAAGCGCCGCCGACGGCCAAGCAGCUGAAGAGUCAGCAUCGGGCGCCGUGGAGGAUGCAGGAAACGUUCAGGAAGGCCAAUCAGGAGAAGAAGACGUCUUAAUUUCUCCAGAACAAACACGUGAACCGGAUUUGGAAGGCAACAAAAGUUGCGGGGAAACAAAAGAUCUCCCUGAGCUUAGCGACAGCGGCCAGGAGCAGACCUCCAAGCGCCGCGGCAGUCGCUCCUCCGGUGAAAUCUGUCUGAGGAAGUCCUCCGGCUCGUCCGGCUCCAAGAACAGCCGCCGACUCUCAGAGGAUCUCUUCAGCGGUCCGGAGAAAACCGACCAAUCCCGCUUCAGCGCCGGUCAGCCAGAAUCCCAACCUAAGGACGUAAAGUCAGGGCAAACCGUUCCUGAAGUUGAUGCGCCGCCGCCGCAGCAGCAGCAGCAGCAGCAGCAGCAGCAGCAGCCCGACACCUCCAAGCGCUUCGGACUCUUCCGCAAACUGAAAGGAGAGCAGCCCAAGAAGGCCAAGCCCACCAAGAAACCCAAAAUGCAGGUGCCCAAAAUCCUGAUUCAGGACUUCAGCGACGUCACGCCGGUGGACGAGCCGAUCCCUCCGGAGGACCCGGAGGAGAAGCUGAGCUCCAGGGAGAGGAGGAGGAGGCGGAGGGAGCAGGAGAGGAAGGAGAAAGAGGAGGAGAAGCUGAGGAAGAAGAGAGAGAAGGAGCAAGAGAGGGAGAGGAGGAAACCGCAGACCAGGGGGAAAAGCUUCCAAGCCCAGAAGGAGAAAGUUAGCGAUGACGGCGGCCAUCCUGCUAAGUCCGGCUCACGGAUCCUUAGGAACUCUGCUUCUUAUGCUGAAUCCUACUUUUAACAGAGACAGCAUCUGACUGUGGAGUGUACUUCUUGUUUGAGCUCAAUAUUCAUUUAUGCUGGAACCGUUUCAGAUGUAAAUAAAUAAUAAAUAUUGUUUAUAUAAUAAUA